UUACCUCUUUCAAUACAAAAUUCAAUAUUUGCAAUUUUCCACCUAAGGAAGAGAGAAAACAAAACAAAGACAGAGCAAUCAAAUCUCUCUCUCUCUCUCAUUUGAUUUUUCUUCCUGAAAUGGAAGAAGAGAAAGAAGCAAUUUCAAUCUCUCCAACCAUCUCCAACCUCUCCAUAUAAAACUGCCCAAAACCCAUGUACCAAAAUCCAAUGCCAGAUUCAAAAUCCAACUCCCAAAACACCCCCACCACCAGAUCUCCUUCAUCUCCACCCACCAUCCGAUCUGAUGUUGAUUUCUUUCGGCCUUUCCGGGCAUCCCCUCAUCUCGCUCUCCAACGCCUCCGUUGUCUCCUUCACCGAUAGCGGGUUGCACUGGCGCCGACGAUGCAGCUUCAUUUCUCUCCUAGCAUGAGAAGCAUCACAAUAUCGAGCAGCAGCGGCGGCAGUAGCAAUGAUGGGCUGAUUGACUUCAUGAAGAUCAAGGUCGCAGCUCGCCACAUCUCUUAUCGGACCCUCUUUCACACCAUCCUCAUCCUUGCCUUCCUCCUCCCCUUUGUCUUCAUUCUCACGGCCCUUGUCACCCUCGAAGGUGUCAACAAGUGCUCCUCUCUCGAUUGCUGGGGCAGGCGAUUGGGACCAAGGCUUCUUGGUAGGGCUGAUGAUUCUAUGAGGCUGGUUAGAGAUCUAUACAAAGUCCUUAAUCAAGUGAAUUCUGAAAAAGUUCCAGAUGGACUGAAGCUGCCGACAUCAUUCAGUGAAUUUGUUGCUGAAAUGAAGAAUAACCAGUAUGAUGCUAAGACAUUUGCUAUCAAAUUAAAGGCGAUGAUGGAAAAACUCGAGAAGGAGAUCAGGGAGUCAAAGUUGGCUGAGUUGACACACAAGCAUUUCGCAGCAAGCUCUAUUCCAAAAGGCAUCCAUUGUCUCUCUUUGCGUCUUACAGACGAAUAUUCUUCCAAUGCUCAUGCACGUAAACAGUUGCCGCCUCCCGAGUUACUACCCUUGCUCUCAGACAACUCUUAUUACCAUUUUAUUCUAGCUAGUGAUAACAUCCUUGCAGCUUCUGUUGUGGUCACCUCUGCCGUUAGGUCAUCUUUAAACCCUGAAAAGAUAGUCUUUCAUGUCAUCACUGACAAGAAGACUUAUGCGGGCAUGCAUUCAUGGUUUGCUUUGAACCCUCUUUCCCCGGCCAUUGUUGAGGUGAAAGGUGUUCACCAGUUUGACUGGUUAACAAGAGAAAAUGUGCCAGUGCUUGAAGCUGUUGAGAAGUACCAUAUGAUCAGAAGUUACUACCAUGGAAACCACAUCAUUGGGGCCAAUCUCAGUGAAACUCCGAGGUCUUUUGCUUCGAAAUUGCAGGCGAGGAGUCCAAAAUAUAUUUCACUACUCAAUCAUCUCCGCAUAUACCUUCCAGAGCUCUUUCCGUACCUAAACAAGGUGGUGUUUCUGGAUGACGAUGUUGUGAUUCAACGGGACCUGUCACCACUCUGGAAGAUAGACCUUGGUGGCAAGGUAAAUGGAGCAGUAGAAACUUGUAAAGGCAAAGACGAAUGGGUGAUGUCCAAGCGCUUCCGGAAUUACUUCAACUUUUCUCAUCCCCUCAUAGCAAAGAAUCUAAACCCCGAGGAGUGUGCAUGGGCUUAUGGUAUGAAUGUUUUUGACUUGCGUGCUUGGCGGCAGACAAGCAUCAGAGACACAUACCAUUACUGGCUGAAGGAGAAUCUGAACUCGAAUUUAACGAUGUGGAAGCUUGGAACAUUACCGCCCGCUCUGAUUGCCUUCCGAGGCCAUAUUCAUCCAAUUGACCCAUCUUGGCACAUGCUCGGAUUAGGUUACCAAAAUAACACCGACCUCGAUUGUGUUAGGCAGGCUGCUGUGAUUCACUACAACGGUCAGUCUAAACCAUGGUUGGAGAUUGCCUUCAAGCAUCUUCAGCCAUUCUGGACAAAGUAUGUGAACUACUCCAACGACUUUAUUAGAAACUGUCACAUCAUGGAGCCUUAGCAGAUCAACAAAGAGGAAGACUGAGAGGAUGAGAAUGGAUUACAGUUAUUUUUGCGGCUCGAAGUUCUCGAGGAAUUCUUUAAAGGAGAAGAAGAAAUUCAACAUGCGAGUGGAUCUGGUGGACCCCAGAUCCUGCCCCACCACCAUUGGACUGCAUUUCAUUGGUGGCGCGAGAUAUUCUUUUCAUCUGUAACAUAGCAAUCCAUGUUUUUGUUUUGAAGGGUAAUCUUCCUAGGCUCGAGGGGUAUCUUACCCAUUUUUUGGAGCAAAGAGAGCUGGACAACAGAUGGAAUUUAAUGGCAGCCUGCAAUCUGAAUUUCUGCAGAUCAGCGGGGAACGGCACUGCAGUCCAGUCGCAUGGAUAGAAGAACAGCUCGGGCUGUUCUUCUUGCACGAAUCCUGGUAUUUUUGUUAUUGUCCCUUUACUAUUUGUUUCUAUAUUCAUUUGUGAUUUUUAGCAGAGUCAUGGAGAUUGCUGUGUUACAGAUCCCUUGAAUUUGUGGGGAUUUUAUUUUUUUUUAGGGUAUUUGUUACCAUUCAUGAGAUAUUGAAAUUGUGCAGAUAAUUCUUUUGCUUCUAUAAAGACAUGCAAUUGUAUGGAUAUUUUGGAAUCUCAGUGAAGGACUUGCUCACUCAUUUCCUUUGAGCAUGUGAACUUGAA